UUGGCGAAAUGAACUGGAAGAGUUGUUGAGGUAAAAGAUGAGCAGAGUGUAGACAGUAGAUUCUUUUUGGCGAUCUUCAUCAAACUAGGAAGCCAUGGCCGGCCUCCAUCUGCCCUCUAAUGCUCCGGUGAAGAACGGCCUUCCUCCCCAAGAACUUCUCGAUGAUCUUUGCAGCCGAUUUGUUUUAAAUGUGCCAAAGGAAGAUCUACAAUCGUUUGAGAGGAUUUUGUUUCUAGUUGAAUAUGCACAUUGGUUCUACGAAGACAACUCGGUAGAAAAUAAUCCUUCACUGAAGUCCUUCAAUUUGAAGGAGUUCACUUCGUUGUGUAUCCUAAGCAUCAUUUGUGACGUUUUGAAACCAUAUGUGCCCCACAUAGACGACAUAUUUAAGGAUUUCACUUCCUACAAGCUUCGAGUUCCUGUCACUGGGGGAAUUAUUUUGGAUGAGACCUUCGAGAGGUGCUUACUGGUGAAGGGAUGGAAGGGGUCAAGCUGGAGUUUUCCUCGUGGAAAAAAGAGCAAGGAUGAAGAAGAUCAUGCUUGUGCCAUUAGAGAAGUUUCGGAGGAAACUGGGUUUGAUGUGACAGCGUUCCUUAUCAAAGAGGAUUUUAUUGAAGUGAUGUUUGGACAACAGAGAGUGCGGCUCUACAUUAUAGCUGGGGUGAAAAAUGAUACCGCCUUUGCACCUCUUACUAAAAAAGAGAUCAGUGAAAUUGCGUGGCAUCGACUUGACGACCUUCUACCUGUGAGUGAUGAUGUGAUAUCUCAUGGAAUUACCGGCCUCAAGCUUUACAUGGUGGCUCCUUUCUUGGAGUCGUUGAGAUCAUGGAUUUUGAAGCAUCAGCCGCCUGUGGCUCCUAACUUUGACAUGCCUGUGAAAGGAGUCACUAUAUGGAAGGUGAAGAAUAGCUCAAUGAGCAAUAGCUCGAUCAUUUUUGACGGCCAGUCGAUUAAACUGGAUUCUGAUCCUGGAAGAAGCCUCAGAAACUUCAAAUUCGAUACAGCUUCGAUCUUGCAUGCUAUGGAAAGUGCUUUUGCUGCAUGAAUUUUAACAAAAGCCUUAGAACGCCUAUCAGUUGGUAGCUUGGUUUCACGUUUUUCCCCCCUUCUUACUUAUGUAGUACAUUUAGGUAAUUAUUGUGCAUAUUUGUCUGAUUUGUUCUUGAUUUUAAAUGUAGAUCAUGUACAGACCCGUUAGCCAUUACUAAGCUGGUUUUUAGAUGUAUAGAGAUGCAAGCAUUGGAGAUGUGGUUCUAAACCGCACUGUUUAAAAUAAUAAUUAUAUUGGAGAUGAAACAAAAUUUUGUUUCAUUUCCAAUAAAAUAAUAAUAGGUGGUGCCAAGGUUUGGAA